AUGACCACACACAACACACCACAGACUGAGAGGGAGACUUGGUGGCUUCACCACUUCUUGACACCACAACGCGCAUGUGUCAUCAUUCCGGCGACAAGUGGCGGCGUUUCCUCUACAUGCGGAGGAGGACACCCUGACCCGCUGACACCUCGUCCAGAUCACUCCAUUCUCUCUCAAACCACGUCCUACUUGUCCACGGCCGCGUCCCGAACCUCUCGUUCGAUGUACCGCUCAAGUGUACCGCACAAGCAUCCCACCGUCGGAUGUGACCGUCCGUGGCCGAUCUUAAGCGCCCAACCGUCCUUCCUAUAUCUUCUCAUGACCAUUCUCUUGUCUGGUCAUGUCCUGGCCGCCUGCCCAUCACGCCGACCCGCGCAUCCUGUACGUCCGUACAGUGAUCCGUCCUGCUGA